UUUUAAGAAGGAUCAUGAAAUUUGCCCAUUAUUUAGCGGCAAGCUGGCAAAAUCCAUGCAGGUGACGCCUGUCUUCUUCUCAGCGCAGCAACUGUCUGUCAUGCAUGCACUAUCCUCUUCCCAUUUCCCAACGCAUCAUCGUCAUCAUCAAUUCAUCAUCCAAUCACUCACGUCCACACCGAAUAUAAUUACCCAAAAACCUGUUUGCUUGGUGUUCUUGAACAUUUCUCCAAUUCCCAUAUUCAAGAUUUCUGCUAGCUACUCCGUAUUAAUUAACCAUACCUCGAUCUUAAUCUCAGUAUAGUGAGUAUACAUGUGCAUAUAUGCCUUUUUUCCAUUUUGCUGAGAUACAUAUAUACUUGUGUGGGGAUGGAAGGGGGAGAAGUUGAAUAUUGGAGGAUUGAUGAACAGUGUGGUUUAGAAGAAGAAGAAGACGAGAAGGGUAUUGUUAGCAAGACGACAAGAUGGGUUUUGAAGGCGGGACUGAGAUUGGGGAAGAAGGUUGUAAUUACUGGAAUUGCGGUGUCGUCUGCACCUUUAGUUCUCCCUCCUCUCAUAACCAUUUGUGUUGUGGGAUUCAUCGUUCUGGUCCCUGUGGGGGUUGUCCUGGGCAGCUAUGCCUGCACUGAGAAGCUCAUGAGCAAAUUGCUGCCGAUUCCGCUGUUGGAGUAUCAUUCACAAGCGCUUAGAGAUGGAAAUCAUCAAGUCGAAGAAGAAUUUGGGGAAGAAUUAUACGGUAGGGUUUACGAAGGUGAAUUUGCACUAAUCCAGGAAGAAAUGAAGAUGGAGGGAGAACAGAGGAUUGAAUUGGGAAGGGAUAAUGAAGAAGAAGGAUCAGAGUAUGUUGAAAAGCAUGAUGAUAAGAAAGGGAUUGGUGUAGAUGAGGAGCAUUUGGAAGAGGAAGUUUAUGAGAAGGAGGACAUUGUUGAGUACUUGGAGAAAGACGAUAAUAUAGAUGAGAUCAAUAUGGAGAAAGGAUGUUAUGAGGAGGAUGUUGGGGAAGUACUAGAUGUUAACAUUGAUGAGAAUUUGGAGGAUGAAGAAGGUUAUGAGGAGGCUAUUGGGGAGUCCUUGGAAGGAGAACACGAAGAGGAUAUAGACGACGAGAAUUUGGAUGAAGGUUAUGAAGAGGAGGACACUAGUGAAGAAUACUUUGAGGCAGAACACAAGGUCAAGAAUGAGAUUAACAUUGAUGAUAAUUUGGAAGAAGUUUAUGAGGAAGAGGAGGCCAUUGGCAUUGGCAAGUACUUGGAAGGAGAACUCGAAGAAGAGGACGAGAAAGAAGAUGAGAAUUUGGAGGAAGGUUAUGCAGGUGAAUACAUGGAGGGAGAGGGAGAACACCAAGAGAAGAAUGAAAUUAGCAUUGAUGAGGAUUUGGAGGAAGGUUAUGAGGAGGACAUUGACGAGUACUUAGAAGAAGAAGAACACGAGGGGCCAAUUCCAGAGAUGAACUUAGAAACUGAUGAUGAGCCAGGGAGAAAAGAAGAAGAACUGCAUUAUUCUGAAUUUGGUGAAAAUGUUACAAGGACCAAAGGGUUAGACUUGGAGGCAACAAGUGCCGGGACUACUGAAAAUCACAAACUUGGAACCGAUGAAGCAGACGAAAAUUUUGAGCACAUAAGUCUUACUUUACUAGGUAAUGUAGGUAGUAGUUCCAUGAACGAAGACGUGGAACACCUAGAAAAAACUAGUGAAUUUGAGGAAGAAGAAGAAGAAGAAGAUAAGGUAGAUAAUGAAAAUCCAGUAUUCAUUGGUACAGAAGCCAAAGUGGAGAUAACAACUGUGGUAGUGGUGAAAGAAACCCAGCUUGCACCAGAAACUGAGAAACAAGGAAAUGGAGAAAAUAGAAAUGCAUCAGAGCAGGUUUCAGCACCAGAACAUAACGAAAUCAAUAGUAACGAGGGCACUGGAGCACCUUCCAGUGAGGUUAUGGUGAGUGAGGAGAAGAUAUGGGAGCAGAUCAGUGCAAUAAGAGGGAUCUUGGGAUACACAGCUGCGCCUCAAUCAUCUACUGUAGAUGAACUAAAGGCAUUGUUCAUCUUAACUGGAGUUGAGCCGCCAUCGCCAUUCGAAGACCCUUCAGAUCUCGCCGAUGUUGAUGAAAAGCUUAGGCUUCUCAUGUCAAUCGUUGGAGCAAAAUAGAGACUGAACUGGUCUGCAGCAUUAUUGAUCAUGUGUGGCUUUAUUCAGUAUUGUUUUUUCAAUUUUGGUUUCGGUUGUAUAAAUGGAUGUGCAGGACAGAAUUGCAAGUUUGAAAAUAUUGGUGGCUGUUGUGUUUGAGAAAUUUAUGUAUUCGUUUCUUUUCCUUA